UGAUUUAUCGAAUCCCGUCUCCCUCGCUUCCCCCCCAAACCCAAAACCGAAUUCCCUCCAAACUCACCCGCCCUCGGAGAUGGACGGCGGCGCCGCGAAGGAGAAGAAGGCGGCGGCGGGCCGCAAGCUGGGCGGGCCGAAGAAGAAGCCGGUGUCGCGCUCCGUCAAGGCCGGGCUCCAGUUCCCCGUCGGCCGCAUUGGGCGCUACCUGAAGAAGGGCCGGUACGCGCAGCGCGUGGGCACGGGCGCCCCCGUCUACCUCGCCGCCGUCCUCGAGUACCUCGCGGCCGAGGUCCUGGAGUUGGCUGGCAACGCGGCGCGCGACAACAAGAAGAACCGCAUCAUCCCGCGCCACGUCCUCCUCGCCAUCCGCAACGACGAGGAGUUGGGCAAGCUGCUGGCCGGGGUCACCAUCGCGCACGGCGGCGUCCUCCCCAACAUCCACUCGGUGCUCCUCCCCAAGAAGACCGCCGAGAAGGCAGAGAAGGCGGCCAAGUCGCCCAAGAAGGCCGCCGCCAAGUCCCCCAAGAAGUAGGCUGCUCAUGUUGAUGCGAGCGCCGAUCUCAUCUCAUCUGAUCCGAGACUAGCAGUCUCGUUUCCCCUGUGUUCCUUGCUUUUCUGUGUAUGUAGUGCCGCAUCUCUAUGUAUCGUGUCAUCCGAGCUCGGGUCCUAAGUCUAAGUCUUAAGUCUAAGUCUAGCUGUAGUUUUUGGUGAUGGGGAUAUCUAUGUUACCAAAAUUUAAUGAGAAGAAGAGGGGGCGAUUUGCUCUCCUUUAUGAAUGC